GCUUCCUUCGGUGGACGAACCCGAUGUUUAGAAAACGAAAGAAGAAGUAGCUAGUAGUAGACUUCGACGAUUGAAUCGGAUUGGCGAAUGUUGGAGAAUGUCUGGUAAAGUAGGGUUGCUCUAUGUAAAGAACAAAAACACAGUCCAGUUGUUAUCCGACGAGAUUACCACAUUACUGGGAGCUGAAAAUAUUGUGGAUUCAGGUGUUGAAGAGCAAGCAAUAAAGUCAGGUGAGCUCACACCAGUUGUAAAGAAGGUUGGAAAGAAUCUCAGCAAUGUCAACUCUCUAAUUGUAAUCACAGACAAUGCCUUCUGGGAUAGAUUUUGGAGUGAAAAAUCAAAUAAAGUUCACAACAAACUUGAAGAGCUUCUGUGUGAUGAUGAUGGGGAUGGUGUUACUCUCGUUUUGAUUGUGGGUUGCAACAUAGACCAGGGUUUAAUUGAGACCCUAGUUCCUUCUUCCUCACACGCUCAUGUAAUAAGUGAAGAGGAUCUGAAGAAAUACCUUUCCAAGGAGAGAAAACCUCCAUCUGUAUGUCACAUGGUGGUGUCUAUAAAGGAAAAUAAUUCAGAAAGCAUAAAAGAAUUAUCCAAACAAAUUGUAGAGAAAUAUGGAAAUCAAAGUCUUGAGGAUGAAGAUGUCUGCAAAGACAAGGUGGAUACACCCACCCAAACUCCAACACUCACCUUUCCUGUAACACCACAGUGGCCUACAACCAAAGAGAGAGUUGUUGUACAAACAGCAGGUCCUAAUGACGAUGCAUCGGAGAAUCCUGAUAUUGAUUUCAGUGUCCCUUCCAUGAAGAGUGAUGAUGUAGACAAUAACGAAACCCGCUAUGAUAUCUCACGUCCUGGACUCUGCCUGUACAUUGGGGUUUUGGAGUUUGAUCCCGAGGAUUCAAAAGUUAAGUUAGCGGGAAGAAAAUCCUCAAUGCUAGAGUUUGAGAAGAUGAAGGACAGUUUUGAAUGCCUAGGUUGUUUUGUUAAGAGGAAGAGUAACCCAACUGAUACAGAGGCACUCAAAUUCUUACAACAAGGGAUGGAGUGGUGUGAGAAAUUGAAGCCCAGCUAUUUCGUGCUGAUAAUUAGUACUCAUGGUCAGGAAGUACCUCAGGUGAAUAAAGAAGACAAGUCUGCCAAAUUGCAUCCCUCGGGGAUCAAAGAAAAAGGACAACCUAAGAAAGAGAUGGUGCAUCAGCUUUUCUUCAAUAAUGGAAAGUCUUUAUUGACCAGGGACAUUGUCAAAAUGUUCGACGAUUGUCCAUCACUAGCUGACAAACCAUGUUUUUUCUUCAUUCAGGCAUGCAGAAGUCGCUUUGGGAUCGAUGGUCACGAGAAUUUUGAUCCGGGGGUGAUGGUUGACGUGUUCACUCCAAGGAGUCAGAUUGAAGCUGCACAGAUAACCCCGGAUACGGAGGAUGCCUCUGGAAACCCCAAACUUCUAGAUAAAACAGACGCCAAGCGCAGCACUGCCAAACUGACGGAGGAAGAUAAAAAGGCUAGACUCCAACAGAUCGAAAAGUGGAACAAAAAUGCUAAAAUUGCAACACUCUAUACACAUAUCCUGGAAUACAAAAAUUGGCUCUCGAAUCAGACUGGUGCAUCACAAACCAGAUCACAGGACACAUCGGAAGAAACCGCUAAAUUGGCAGAGGCUUUGACUGUUGAAGGUUUCACAUUUCAGAAAGUACAAGAGAUCUUGGAGACAUGUAAAGGCUAUGAAGUAGACAUUUUGGAUUUCUUUUUCCCGGAGAUGAUAAUAAGUGACCCAGCCCCAUGCACCAAUGAUUCCGCCAUUAUGUUCGCCUCAGCACCAGGAAAAGAAGCAUACAACAGGGGUAACAAAGGAGGGUGGUUAAUCAUAAACAUGGAGGAACAGCUGAAGGAAUCUCUGAAAGAUAAUCCAGAGAAUGUCGAUCUGCUGGCAGAACUGACCAAGGUGUCCGGGAGGAUGGCUUACAAGUAUGAGACGGACACUGACUCUAGCGAAAGUAGUGGUCACAAGUCCGUACCUUGUCUGUAUCACAAACUUUGUAAGGAUGUCAUUAUUUGUCCACAGGAGCUCGCAAGGAAAAAAAAAUUAUUGGAGAAUCACGACAACUCUGAGUACUCGGAAUUUUUUAAAUGGGCUUAAAUGGUUUCGAUAUAAAAACACAUUAGAAGAUGGACCUGUGAAGCUCUACUCAGUUCAACAGAAGUGGAGAUCUUGAAGAAAUAACUCGUACUGUAGCAGAUUCUAUGCAAAAAGUUCUUGUGAUUUUAAAUUCAGUGCCAAAGAUGUCAGAAAGUCUUGAAAUUGCUUUCAUUUAUCAAGCAAUGUAGUUGAUGAGAAAACUUCUUUAUAGAAUUUAUUCUUAAAGUUUACUUUUUUAAUAUGAUUUCUUUUCACCCGAGAUAUGUUUGUUUGAUUUAAUUCAGUUUUCAUGUUUUCAUCCUUUUUUAAGAACCUCAUGGCGAGUUUUAACCCAACUUGACAAAAAGUGUUUUUGAGAACAAAUUAGUUCUAAUGAAGAAAAAUGCCCCCUUCCAAAGGGAUAUACAUAUAAUUAAGACAAAGCAAAAAUGGGGAGGGGUUAAAAUAUAUUGCCUUUCAUGUAUAUAAGGAAGAUAGAGAAUUUAUUCAAAUCGUGACCUUCGAAGCCACACAACAUAUUUAAGAAUCUACAUAGAAAUAUGUAGGAAAAUUCUUCUCAACAAGAAUCACAGAGCUAUACAUAUUACUAUUAGUCAAAUUGAUGUGCAAGCAUCCUUGCGUAAAAUCAGGGGAGUCAGGAUUGGACCAUGAAAGGGAUUUUGAAUUUUGUGUAGGAUUUAUAUAUGGAAAAAUUCUAUAAAAUCUUCUCGACAAGAGUCCCAAAGAUUCCAUUUAAAAUGAAAGCAUUCCAAUUUAGUGAAGAGGGCUUAUACACAGGAAUACAUAGGGGAAAUUAACUACAAUGCUAAUAUAUAUAUAUAUAUAUAUAUAUAUAUAUAUAUAUAUAUAUGCAUGCAUACAUACAUACAUACAUACAUACAUAAUGUAUGAACAUUUCAGAGUUCAGGUAAGCAGGGUAUGCUCUUGUUUUCAUCAUGAUGUAAUUUUGUAUUAAUCAACGUACCAAUAUUGGAUGCUAAAUAAUAACUCAUUUAUACUACCUCCAACACUUCAUAACUCCUAUACAGUAAAACAUGGUUACAACGAACCAGUUUGUAAUGAAUUCCCUCUUACAGUGAAGUGAUGCUCAUUUCUUGUAGUUAUUAAACAUAUUAUGAAGUUACUGGAUGUAACGAUCGAAUUACAAGUUUAUAACAGAUUAAGAUUAUUUGUCUCCGUACUACCGUUAUACGUGAAUUCUUUUUACAAUUUAUAUUGAAUUAAUUUAUCCUCAGUUCUGAUGUGAACUUUCACUUUUUAUAACAAUUUACCAGCAUGUCAUCACAACUAUUUUAUAGUCUGAAUACUUUAUAUGUCAUUCACCAUUAAUUUGAUUGUGGUGGGAUUGUUCAUUACCUGGUGUGAUUGUUGAUUACUUGGUGUGAUUGUUGAUUACUUGGUGUAAUUGUUCAUUAUCUGGUGUGAUUGUUGAUUACCUGGUGUAAUUGUUGAUUACCUGGUGUAAUUGUCCAUUACCUGGUGUGAUUGUUGAUUACCUGGUGUGAUUGUUCAUUACCUGGUGUGAUUGUUCAUUACCUGAUGUGAUUGUUGAUUAUCUGGUGUGAUUGUUGAUUACUUGGUGUGAUUGUUCAUUACCUGGUGUAACUGUUCAUUACCUGGUGUGAUUGUUGAUUACCUGAUGUGACUGUUGAUUACCUGGUGUAAUUGUUCAUUACCUGGUGUGAUUGUUCAUUAUCUGGUGUGAUUGUUGAUUACCUGGUGUGAUUGUUCAUUACCUAGUGUGAUCGUUGAUUAUCUGGUGUGAUCGUUGAUUACCUGGUGUGACUGUUGAUUACCUGGUGUAAUUGUUCAUUACCUGGUGUGAUUGUUGAUUACCUGAUCUGAAUGUUUAUUAUCUGGUCUGAUUCCUUGUUACCUGCUCUGUGUUCCGAUUACUGGUCAGUAAGACUAUUUUUUAUAUAAUUGUGAAUCAGUCAAACAUCGGGUGUUUUGAUGUAUAAGUCCAUGUAUCUACAUGUAAGGGGCAGAUAUUAUUUGGGGCCAAUUUACUGAUACACCAUGUAAGUGGAAUUUUUAGCAAAUCCCAAAUUUAGCAAUUAUCCCCAUAAAAAUGGUUAUAUUAUAAUAUAUUUAGCAAGAGCUUUUACCGACUUUAUAAUUUCAAGAAAGAUGACUAUCACCUACGAUACGGAAUAAAUUAUUAGUGAUAUUCAAAUUUAGCUAUCUCAAUACCUUCGCUAUUAAUUCCAAAAUCAAAUCCUCACUAAAAAUUCUACCUAUACGGCACUAGUAUGUAGGUCUCUUGUAUUGCUCCAAUAAGUUGAGAAGUUGCAGAUGGGGAAACCUAGCCCUUUGUUAUAAUUGUUCUAAUGUUCUGAUCUCACAAUCUGCUCACCAGCCUGUACAUGUCUGCUGGGGAAUGUUUAUUAUUUGUUUCUGUUUUACUUGGUCAGGCUGUAAUCUUUUUGAUGUAUUAUAUAUUUAUAUACAUGUGAUCUUCAUAUCCACUCUUGUCAGACAUUCAUGUCGUAUCAAAUCUUUGCUCAAUAUACAAAUAAUUUCAAAUAUAAGAACAUAGGAGUUAUGAUCAUUUCCUGUGAAGGGCAUUCACUGCAGAUAUCUCAAGUUAACGUUCAGUCUUGUACAGGACAGAGGAAUCAUUCUCAGAUAUCUCAAGAUAACGUUCAGUCUUGUACAGGACAUGAAUCAUUCUCAGAUAUCUCAAGUUAGUACAGGACAGAGGAAUCAUUCUCAGAUAUCUCAAGCUAAUGUUCAGUCUUGUACAGGACAGGAAUAAUUCUCAGAUAUCUCAAGUUAGUACAGGACAGAGGAAUCAUUCUCAGAUAUCUCAAGUUAGUACAGUACAGGGGAACCAUUCUCAGAUAUCUCAAGUUAGUACAGGACAGAGGAAUUAUUCUCAGAUAUCUCAAGUUAGUACAGGACAGAUGAAUCAUUCUCAGAUAUCUCAAGUUAGUACAGGACAGAGAAAUCAUUCUCAGAUAUCUCAAGUUAGUAGAGGACAGAGGAAUCAUUGUCAGAUAUCUCAAGUUAGUACAGGACAGAGGAAUCAUUCUCAGAUAUCUCAAGUUAGUACAUGACAGGGGAAUCAUUCUCAGAUAUCUCAAGUUAGUACAGGACAGAGAAAUCAUUCUCAGAUAUCUCAAGUUAGUACAGGACAGAGGAAUCAUUCUCAGAUAUCUCAAGUUAGUAGAGGACAGAGGAAUCAUUCUCAGAUAUCUCAAGUUAGUAAAGGGCAGAGGAAUCAUUGUCAGAUAUCUCAAGUUAGUACAGGACAGAGGAAUCAUUCUCAGAUAUCUCAGGCUAACGUUCAGUCUUGUACAGGACAAGGGAAUCAUUCUCAACCAGUGUGAUGGAUUAUUGUCUUGCCACAAAUUUUUAGCCGAGUUGCAACGAAGUUGAACUCGGCUAUUGGUUUAGUGAUGUUGGUGGGCGAGCGUGUUGGCGGUUGGACGUCAACAAUUGGUUUCCGGAUGAUAACUCGAAAUGUUUACAAUCUAAUCAAAUGAAACUUUGAUAUAUUGUUAGGUACCAAGUAAGGAAAACCCCUAUUGAUUUUGGAGAAAAAUUGUCAAAGGUCAAGGUCACAGUGACCGAAAAUAAAACGCAAAUUUCAAAAAAAUUUGGUUUUCGGAUGAUAACUCGGAAAGUUUAAAAAAUCUGAAUCAAAUGAAACUUUGAUAUAUUGUUGGGUACUAGGUAAGGAAGAUCCCUGUUGAUUUUUGAGAAAAAUUGCCAAAGGUCAAGGUCACUGUGACCGAGAAUAAAAUGAAAAUUUCAAAAAAAUUUGGUUUCCGGAUGAUAACUCAAAAAGUUUAAAUCUGAAUCAAAAGAAACUUUGAUAUAUUGUUGGGUACUAGGUAAGGAAGACUCCUAUGGAUUUUGGAGAAAAAAGGUCAAAGGUCAAGGUCACAGUGACUGAAUAUAGAAUGAAAAUUUCAGAAAAAUUUGGUUUUUGGAUGAUAAAGUUUAAAUCCGAAUCAAAUGAUACUUAAAGAUAUUGUUAUGUAUCAGGUAAGGAAGACCCCUAUUGAUUUUGGAGAAAAUGGGUCAAAGGUCAAGGUCACAGUGACCGAAAAUAGAUUUAAAAUUCCAAAAAAAAAAUUAGUUUCCGGAGAAUAACUUGAAAAUUUUUAAUUUGAAUCAAAUGAAACUUGGUUAUAUUGUUGGAUACCAGCAAGGCAAAGCCCCUAUUGAUUUUGGAGAAAAAAGGUCAAUGGUCAAGGUCACAGUGACCAAAAAUAGAUUGAAAACUUCAGACAAAUAUGGUUUCUGGACAGUAACUUGAAAAGUUUAAAACUGAAAUUAGUUCUUCACAAUUAUAAAUAUGCCACAUCAUUCCUGCAUGACUUUACAAUGUAUCCCAUGCAACUCGGCUUAUGCACCCCUGGGUGCAUAUAUUGAUUUUUUCUUUCUAAUUUCAUGUAUUUAAUAUAAAUAUAUUAAACAAUAAAGUGUCUUUCUUUCUUGUUUCAUUGGGUGAUUGCUACAAUUAUUGCAGAAAAACAUUUGCAUAGCCUGCUUAUGCAAUGAAACAGCAAAGAAAGCAUUUUAUUGUUAAAAGUAUUAAGAUUAAUUAACCUGUGUUUUGUGAAUUAAUAAAGCUACAUAAUCCUG